UCUUUUAAACAAUUGAUUACUCGGUCGCUCACUUUAAAGUUAUUUGAUCCACAAGCUCUUACUAUAAUCUUUUCAGAUGCUAGUUUAAAAGGCGGUGCUUCUAUAAUUUUACAACCUGAGGUUCAUAAUAACAAAACUCUUUUAUUUCCUAUCUCCUUUUUGUCUGUUCGAUUCAAUCCUACCCAACAAAGGUAUUCUACUGUUGAACGUGAGCUUUUCUCUGUUCUACCUGCCUUGAAUAAAGGUGAGUUACUUCUUUCACCGGAUGUGACUGUAUAUACCGACAAUAAGGGUAUUAUUAGUAUUGGUAAUUCCGAUCGUAAUACUCAUCCUCGGUUCACUAAAUAUUUGGAUCUUGUGAAUGGACAUCGUGUCAAAUGGAAAUAUCUCCCUGGAGCCAAGAACCUCCUCGCAGACUAUUUAAGCCGUUUCGGUUUGGAUGACCAACCCUAUUUGGAUCUCGAACAGUUACAACAAUUCACUGUCGAUAUUCCGCUAUCCCAUCUCACAUUAUUGAGUGCAGACUCAGAUGUGGCGCCCUCUUCUACCACCAAUCCAGAGCCUUCAACGGAGGCACCGAAUUCUGACAAUCCCACCGACCCUGACUACGUUAUACAAAAUGUCAACUCGUUGACAUUACCACAACUACUGGAAAUCCAACAGCUACUUGCUGAUAAGAUUUCUUCUGCACCACCGAUAUUUUCAAAGAUCAUUGAUCGUUUUUAUUAUACCUCUGGUAACCUUUACAUCAAUAUGGAUUCAAUCCUGUUUCGCGUUGUCAUAGAUAAAGAUUAUAUGGAUGUUGCUACUAAGCUACAUGCCCUAUAUCACUGUACGCACCGAGUGCUACAACUUGCUAUGGCUGAUGAGAAAUUAUGGAAUCCCAAUUCUAAUCUGCUUCUUCUUGUUUAA